AUGGACUACAGGAAGAUGGCACGCUUCUCUUCCAGUGUGAUUUUGAUCAUGGCCUUUUCCAAAGCUUUUGAACUGGGAUUAGUUGCUGGGUUGGCCCACAAACUUACACGUCCAUCUCGGGGAGACCUGGCCUCCAGAAACGACAGCAUUCGGUCCCAGGAGGAGCCUUCAGUUCGUCCUCGAUCUGUCGUGUUCGUGCCAUCCAUAGGAAUACAGGACAAGAAGGAGCUGAACAGAAGCUGCUGUCUGAAUGGGGGCACCUGCAUGCUGGGGUCCUUUUGCGCCUGCCUCCCCUCUUUCUACGGCCGGAACUGCGAGUAUGAUGCGCGCAGAGAGAACUGUGGGACUGUGCCCCAUGACACCUGGCUGUCCAAGAAGUGCUCCAUGUGCAAAUGCUGGCGCGGUGAGCUCCGCUGCCUUCCUCAGCCAUUUCUACCUGGGUGUGGCGGCCAUGUGAUGGAUGAGCACCUCGAUGCUUCCCGGACUCCAGAAAUACCACUGUCUGCGUGGAUCACUUUUAUGUUAGCUGGCAUCUGCCUUUCUCUACAAAGUUUACUAUUAAUGGACAUUUGA